AUGAGGGGGCUGUACCCCAGGGUGCUGCUGCUACCCCUGCUGCUGCUGCUGCUGGGCGCGGUGAGAGCGGAGGAACAAAGCCGCGAGUCUCAGGGAAGGCACGGGGGGACACCCAAGCGGGAGACGGAGUGCCAGGAGGAGGAGGAGGAGCGCCAGGAGGAGGAGGCGGGCGUCGGCGCCGCGGGGGCGGAAGAGGGCGCGGCGCACGGAGGCGAGGGCGGCGUGCUCGCGUUCCGCCGGCUGCGAAGCGGCAGGCGGCGCCGGCAGAAGCGCGGCUGGCUCAUCCCGGCGAUCAACGUCCCCGAGAACGACCGCGGCCCUUCCCCAAGGGGCUGUGUGAGGAUCAAAUCGAACACGCGCGGGAAAAUCCGCUACAGCAUCGUGGGGCCCGGCGCCGACCAGAACCCCACGGGGGUGUUCGUCGUAAACUCCGUGACCGGACGCCUCUCGGUCACCAAGACCCUGGACCGUGAGCUAAUCGCAGAGUAUCUGCUCAAGGGCCACGCGGUGGACAUGAAGGGGCAGCCGGUGGAGAACCCCAUGAAGCUCGUCAUCAACGUCAUCGACAUGAACGACAACCGGCCCGAGUUUGCCACGCCCGUUUUCCAGGGCUCCGUGGCUGAGGGAUCCCCAAGAGGCACGGCGGUGAUGAGGGUCGAGGCGAGCGACAAGGACGACGCCUUAUCGGCCAACGGCAUGAUCCGCUACAAGAUCAUGUCGCAGGCCCCCAAGGUGCCCUUGGAGCGCACGUUCACCGUCGACAACGCCACGGGCGUCAUCAGCACCAUCGCCGCUGGGCUGGACCGCGAGAGGACGCCGCAGUACGUGCUGGUGGUGCAGGCCUUGGACAUGGAGGGCGACCCGGACAUCGGCCUCGCAAACACGGCCACCGCCAUCGUCACCAUCACCGACAAAAACGACAAUGCCCCCGAGUUUACGGGCAUAACCUUCAGCGGUACGGCGCGCGAGAACGCGGUGAACGUGACGGUGACGACGCUGACGGCGACGGACGUGGACGAGCCCGGCACGCCGGCGUGGCGCACUCGCUACGUCGUCCGCGGCGGGGACCCCGGCAAGAACUUCGCCGUGGAGACCGACCCCCGCACCAACGACGGCAGGCUCUACGUCUUCACGCCCUUGGACUUUGAGAGCUCGUCCAAGUACAACCUCGUCGUCGCCGUGGAGAACGAGGCGUCGCUCAAGAGCGCCGAGUUCGGACCGGCGAGCACCGCGACCGUCACCGUGACGGUGGAAGACGAGAACGAGGGGCCGACGUUCGAGCCGCUGCGGCGGGAGGUGAAGCUCCCCGAGGGCCUCCCCAUGGGCCACCACGUGACCACCGUGGUGGCCCGUGACCCCGACACCGCGCAGGGGCAGGCCGUGCGCUACAAGAAGCUUUGGGUGCCGGGCGACUGGCUGGACAUCGACCCCGUGAGCGGCAAGGUGACCACGGCCGUGGUGCUGGACCGCGAGGCGGCCCUGGUGCAGGCCAACACCUACACGGCCACCUUCCUGGCCACGGAUGACGGCGACCCCGUGGCGAGCGGCACGGGGACGCUGGCGCUGCUGCUGUCGGACGUCAAUGACAACGCCCCCGUCGCCCGGCCCGACGAGGCUGCGGCGUGCGGCGCGCCGGGCGGCGCCGUCGACGUCACCGCCAGCGGCGGCUCGCAGCUGCGCAUGAAGACGGCGCUGCCCGAGGGCCUCUACUUGGUGCCGCUGCUCGUCACGGACUCGGGCAACCCCGCGAUGAGCGCCGUGUCGGAGCUCCAGGUGAAGGUGUGCGCCUGCGACCGGCGUGGCGACUGCCCUCGGCCGCGAUGCCGCCGACGCCGCCGGCGCCGAGGCCGCCCUCCUCUGCCUGCUGCUGCUGCUGCUGCUUCUCGUCCUGGCGCCGCUCUUCGUCGCUCGCAAGAGGCGCCGCGACGAGAAACCGCUCUGCGACCCCGAGGACGAGGAGGAGGCGGCGACGUCUUCACGUACGACGACGACGAGGGCGGGGGAGAGGAGGACCGGGACUACGACCCGGCGCUGCUGCUGGUUCGGCUCCCGAGCGAGCUGCCGCCGCCGCGCCGCGAGGGCCCCGGCGUGCGCCACCUGGACGACCGGCCGUCGCUGGCCGAGCCGCGCUACCCGCACCCCAGCGACAUCGGCGACUUCAUCAGCGAGGGCCUGCGCACGGCCGACGACGACACGACAACACCGCCCUACGACUCGCUGCACGUGUUCCACCACGAGGGGGACGGCUCCCUGGCCGGCUCGCUCAGCUCGCUCAGCUCGCUCGGCUCUUCGAGCGCGGGGGGGGGCGGCGACGACGACGACCACCACGACGACUACGACUACUACGAGCGUCUCAACUCGUGGGGGCCGCGCUUCCGUAAGCUCGCCGACAUGUACGGCGGCGGCUGUGACGACUGAGA